UGCGACGAUUUCUCUUCAUCUGAUAUGAGCUGCGUAACGCUUCAAUGUAACUGCUGGUAAGCUUAACUUCAGCAGAAACAAAACAGCACUCCUGCUGCAUGUAUAAUACACCUAUAGCCCUAAAAUUGCCCCAGAGCUGUGCCAAACAUUAAACCGUUUAAUUUAAAGCUAGUCAUUGAAGUGCAGCUGUUAUUACACACAGUGAGACCUCACAUUAUCCUGCUGUUGGAGUUGUUGUUUAUGAAAGAAUCUAACUAAUUUGAGGAUUAAACUCACUCACAAACAAAUAACAGCAACCCUGUAAUUUACCCGAGAUAAUCAUGGGUAUUAUCCCAGGAUAGUGAUUGGGAACACCUAUAAAGCUAGGUGUUAGUGCAGGUAAAAUGGCAACACUGAAGACAUUUCUGACCAGCAAAGAUGGACCGGAUUAUCCUCUUGUGCAUGGUUUCCACCUGUCUCUCAGCUGUACAUACUCAGAAAUUUUUGUUCAGCCCAAAAUGGGGACCCAUUGGCUAUAAAGAGCGUGAGGAGCACGGUGAUGGGACAGCAAUGGAUGAAAUCAUUAAAGCUAAUGAGUUCCAAGCAUCCCGAAUCAUUGACGGCACCACCAGUCUCAGAGAGGGAGACAUUGCUGUUUCUGCUGGAAGGCGGAACAAAGUCUGCUUUGCACGGAGCUGCCUCUGGUCUAAGUCGGUGGAUGGACAUGUCUAUGUUGCAUACAGGCUCUCACCUGAAUACUCUGAAAUGGAGACAAAGCUGAUCAAGAAAGGGAUGGAGAACAUAGAGGAAGGUACUUGUGUGCGGUUUGUUCCUCGGACUCACCAGCGAGACUACAUUGACAUCCAGCCAAAGUCUGGGUGUUGGUCCUACCUUGGUGCGCGUGGUGGAAGACAGACCGUAUCUCUCCAGAGCCCCGACUGCCUCCAAGUCGGAGUGAUUUCCCAUGAAUUCAUGCACGCCCUGGGCUUUGUGCAUGAGCAGUCUCGCUUUGACCGGGACAACUAUGUCACCAUCAUGUGGCCAAGCAUUUGGAGGGAUCGUCUGAGGAAUUUUGAAAAAUUCAAGACUGACAACCUGGACCUACCAUAUGACUACGGCUCAAUCAUGCACUUUGGGAUGUAUGCUUACUCUCAGGAUGGGGAACCAACCAUUGUUCCUAAGAACAGCAAGAACAUAAAGUUGGGCCAAGCAUCAACUCUCAGCCACAUUGACAAGCUGAAAAUCAACAGGCUUUAUAAAUGCGGUACCAAGGAUGAUUAUUAACCAAACUGAGUUGGGGUGAAACAGGAGUGUGCUGGAGGCGAAUAUAUGAUAAAUUGAUAUUAAAUCAUGGAAACAAUUCCAAUAAAGAGUGAUUCAAGCUUUCUGUCAGCAUCUCUGUCUGCAUGCAAUUGUAUGAAUUUAAACAAGAUGUCUUGCUUAUGUUGAGAAGAUUGAGAAGGUUAUAAUAAAGUGGUGAAGUGUCACUAUCUAUCCUAUAUGAACAGCAUAGGUCAUUUCAUAAAUCACUCAGAAAUUACUUGAAUUUUAAAAAAAUGUAUCCCUGCU